GCAGAGCAUCCGCUGCGGCGAUUCGGCGCUGGUGCUCAGUACAUGGCAAUUUGACAUUUGUACGCGUAACAUAUCUGAUAAUAUGUACUUAUAUGUAUUAAAUUUGUUAUCGCAUUCGGAAUGGCGCGAGUUUUGUUUUAUAAAUCGCACUUUAAUUACACCGGAUUGAGAGCGACUUACGAAAUGUGAAAUCGGGGCGGUAAACUUGGUCCUUUGAUGGUGAGAAAAACGAGAAAGUAACCUGUCAAGUGCUGUAAACCACCUGUUGGCUUUGGUUUGUUCACGAAUUCCUCCAAGUUUGGAUAUUUCUUGCGGAAAAUAAAUUGAAAUCCGUAACUGAUAAAUGACGCUGAAAAAAAGUUUAUAAUCGCAAUCGUUCAAAAUCAUGACGGCUCACGUAAUGUGCCUGACCUCUUCAGGAGGUAUUCCACUGUUUGUGAGAAAAAAAGGAGAAGGAGAAUUGAUGACUUUUUCAAAAAUGGCAUCUCUGAACGGAGUGCACAUGUUUUUGAAAACUCACAAUGUUGAGUUAAUAAACACAGACAUGCCAGAUACAACAGUUGUCUGGAAAGAGUUCAAAGGGUGCAUCACCUUGAUAGCAAUUGCAAGUGGCACAACAAAGCGAGUCAUUGACAAAUUUUUAGAUGCAGUCUUCAAUGCCAUGAUUUUAAUUGUUGGCCUCAAGGACCUAGAGCAGCCUAGAAGUGUGGAAAGAUUGAAAAGGGAUUUGCGUGCUUGUUAUUCCAUUAUUGACAGACUACUGGAGUGUUUGGAUAUAGCAGACAGAACGGGAACUAAAACUGAUUUGGUUGAUCUCACAGACUGCAUUAUGUGCUCUGAAAACCAUCUACUACAGAUAUGUCUUGAGGGCUACAUGGAGUGCUUGGAUUCACUGUACGGAUGUGUUCUAAUACACGACUGUUUGGCAGUUGCAACAGAAAGUUGGUGGUCACUUGAUGCUAUAGAGAGGAAACUACUGAUUCUAGCAAUUACAGCAGAAAGUAACUGCACUGCCAAAGAUUUGCCAAUUUUUUUGCCUAAUAAAAGUCCGAAUCUAGCCUAUCGCUUAGUAAAUGUGACUUUGGUCAAUAAUGUUCAAGUUUUGGCUUUAUGCGGCCCAACACCUGAUUUACCUGAAAUUGAAAGACUAGCUAUACAAUGUUGGAGAAAUAGUAUAGAAACCUUGCGCACAUCAGAACAGUGUUAUCCCAGGAAUUUCCCUUCAAGCAUAUCGUUAGAUUCUGCAAUAUUAGGGUUUCUACUAGUCAACUACAAAAUAGGAAAAUUUGUUCUCAGUGGAAAUGCUCAACAUUCAAAAAAUCACGUUUCUGGGACUCAUCGACUAGAUACUAUAAGAACUUUUUACCAUCAUGCCGUGGAAACGUUUCUACUUCCCGUAGAUGACAACUCAGAAAAGGAGGAAGAGCCAAACAAAUCUGCACAUCAGUUUAAAGGGGCUAAGGAAACAUACUGGUGUUCGGAGUAUCAUAAAUGCCAUGCACUAAAAGAAACAGAUCAUAUUUUCUGCGUACUGUACACAUCUACUGUGCCUACUCAUACAAUGAGACUAAUAACUCAAAAGACAUUAAAAAUACUUUUAGCAGAUAAACAAGUAUGUUGGUAAAGUUGAAGUGAAUAAAUAUUUUUUACAAAAGUUA